GACUCGGAGCUCACUGCAAAGGGACAACAUUGUGGUCAGUUCAGAGUUAGCCUCAGGCAAGAGAGCACAAAGUGACCUGAUAAUGCGACUUUCGAAAGCAUUGAUAGACAUGGACAUGGCAGACUACAGCGAGGCUCUGGACCCAGCCUACACUACACUGGAGUUCGAAAACAUGCAAGUCCUGGCGAUGGGCAAUGAUUCCUCACCUGCAGAAAGUGUGAACAUGAAUGCCUCCAGUCACCUGAGUGCAGGCGCUCUGUGUGCGAUAUGCGGGGACAGAGCCACGGGGAAGCACUAUGGAGCCUCUAGCUGUGACGGCUGCAAGGGCUUCUUCCGGAGGAGCGUCCGGAAAAACCACAUGUACUCCUGCAGGUUUAACAGGCAGUGUAUUGUGGAUAAAGAUAAGAGAAACCAGUGCCGCUACUGUAGGCUGAAGAAAUGUUUUCGGGCAGGCAUGAAAAAAGAAGCUGUUCAGAAUGAAAGAGACAGAAUCAGCACCAGAAGGUCGAGCUACGAGGAUAGCAGCCUGCCGUCCAUUACAGCCCUGAUCCAGGCGGAGGUGUUGUCAAGACAGAUUUCCUCUCCAAUGCCAAUACUAAACGGAGAUAUCCGAACAAAGAAAAUUGCCAGUAUCAUCGACGUGUGUGAAUCCAUGAAACAGCAGCUCCUGGUCUUGGUAGAAUGGGCCAAAUACAUUCCAGCAUUCUGUGAACUAGCACUAGAUGACCAGGUGGCUUUACUACGGGCACAUGCUGGGGAGCACCUACUACUUGGAGCAGCAAAGAGGUCUAUGAUGUUCAAAGACAUUAUACUAUUAGGAAAUGACCACAUUAUUCCUCGGAACUGCCCGGAGUUAGAAGUGAACCGAGUUGCCGUGCGAAUCCUGGAUGAACUGGUGCUGCCAUUUCAGGAGCUGCAGAUGGACGAUAAUGAAUACGCCUGCUUGAAAGCAAUUGUUUUCUUCGAUCCAGAUUCCAAGGGCCUGAGUGACCUCAGUAAAAUCAAGAGGAUGCGCUACCAGGUGCAGGUGAGCCUGGAGGACUACAUCAACGACAGACAGUAUGACUCGAGGGGUCGCUUUGGAGAGCUGCUCCUCCUCUUACCCACCCUGCAGAGCAUCACCUGGCAGAUGAUUGAGCAGAUCCAGUUUGUCAAGCUCUUCGGGAUGGCCAAGAUAGAUAACCUGCUGCAAGAGAUGCUUCUAGGGGGUUCUGCAAACGAAGCUCCCCACGCGCCCCACACUCUCCACCCUCACUUGGUCCAGGAACAUCUCAGCAAUAUUGUCCUAGUGUCCAACAACAUGCCUAAUCAGAUUCACAAUGGACAGAUCUCUACUCCCGAAACUCCACUACCUUCCCCUCCUGCAGGCUCCAGCUCAGAGCAGUACAAAAUGGCACAGGGGGUGAUCACUACUGUAGCCAAGCAGCCAAUAUCUAUCCAACAACACCCCGCAACCAAGCAAGAAGCGAUGUAAGAGCCCCGGGGGGUGGAGGAGAUGGAAUAGUCAUGGGGGUGGAGCUCCAAGCAGAAAUGAUUUAGGAUUGUCAGGUUUUAUUUUUAAGUACAGCCAAGAAAGCUGUAGAAAUAAUAAUUUAUGGUAUAUAGAUCUAUUGUACAGAUGUUAGGAAAAAAAUAUAUAUAUUUAUCUGUUGUAACCACAAGAUGGUAAGCUUGGACACAGAGGUUUAACAGACCAUUAAGAAAAGUAGCUCAGCCUUUAACUUGAAAGACCCCCUGGCACGCUGGACCUUGUUUUCAGUCCUGGAGGUGAGAAUCUCACAGAAUGAAUGUAGUUUAGUUAGCUGUUUAAAAUGGUUUGUUUUGUACUUUUUCUACAACAAAAUAAUAAAACUCAACAUAAAACAGCCUUGGAGCAUAAUCCAAACAGCAACUUCUCUUCAAAUCUAUAAAUUAAAAGGAGUCUUAUUCACAAACGUGUUUUUAAAUGAAACAUUACCUACUGUACUGCAACCCUUGGCAGACCCUCAGCAGUGCAGGUAUGCACGGAGAUAAGUUUUAUUGAUAUCAUAUGACAUGUUUUAUUGAUAUCAUAUGACAUGUUUUAUUGAUAUCAUAUGACAUGUUUUCUGGUGGUGGCAAAGUAAAGUUGCAUUUUCAUCCGCAGUCCUUUUGCUUGUUUGUUUGUUUCCAUGCUGUUGGUGCUUCAAUUAUAUGAUCAAAUUAUAUAGUCUAACAUUAGAGAACCACUAUGUUUUUAAAUGUUAAAUAGUUUCCUACAUUGCUUUCUUUCUCUGGCUUUCAUCUGAUAACAACAGACACAGUACAAAAAUACAUACAUACAGCACACACCUACAUUCAUUGCAACACUUCUAAAUGCUAUUAUUUAUAUUGUAAAAUACAUACAGUUUGUGUAACAGAAUACUGGUGCAACUUUUUGUCAAUAUGCUUUUGUUAAAACUUUCAAAUUUGAACCAGGCUGUUACUUAAAAACACUGGUGUCCGCCCUUAUCUUCGAGUAUAUUCUAACAGUCAGAGGGGGGUUAUGUUUUAACCAGUAUAAGUGAUUUAAAUCAACAUUGCUUUCUGGUGCACAUAAAACAGCACUCGCAGACAGGCUCUGGACUCUGAUUAGUCCAUAGCUCCAAUGAUCUAUGCACAGCAACCUCAAUGCAAGUUAAAAAACGGUGUCACUUUUACAAAUACAAGAAAGAGGUCUUCACAGCCAUCAUGUAAACUGUACUGCUAAUAUACAUUGCUCUCGGAGGCUGCUUCAUAUUCUGAAAUGGGGUUACAGCCCUUUAUUUUAUCUGCUGUCUUAAAAAGUGAGGCUGACCUUCUUUCAUUUAUUUAACUCUUAAUUUCCCAACCAAAUCAAUGUAUAAAUUAUAAUGACUGUUUCUAGUGAUGCAUCGAACGCAUAAAGCAGUAGGCAUGGGAAAUAAUAAUUUGUAUUUAGCGUACUGUAGUUUCUGAAAAAUGUAUUAUACAUGUUUUAUUAACAGAAAGUGCCUUACAACCACGUGUAUACGGGAUACUGCCUUCAGGUAGAAAUAAUGGCGGUGUUCUAACUUCUUACUAUGUCAAAAAUUAAAUAAAUGCCAACAGAUUUUUUUA